AUGACAGAGCAAACCAAGUUCAGCGUAUUAUGCAGUCUCUUAACAUGGACACAGCGAACCAAAUCGCCGCCGAAGAAACGCGCCAAGUUCCGCAAGUUUCUCGGCUCUUUCUGCCCCGAUCGGAACUACUUCCCCGCUAUUCGUCUCAUUCUCCCUAACCUUGAUCGUGAACGCGGCUCCUAUGGUCUCAAAGAGUCCGUUCUCGCUACUUCACUCAUUGACGCUCUUGGAAUGUCCAAGGAUUCCCCCGAUGCUCUUCGGCUUAUCAAUUGGCGGAAAGGCGGUUCCAAAACUGGUGCUAAUGCCGGUAAUUUCGCACUUGUCGCCGCCGAGGUGCUGCAGCUUAGACAAGGUACUGCUUCGGGUGGAUUGACAAUAAAGGAGUUGAAUGACUUGCUUGAUCAAUUGUCUUCAAGUGAAAACAGGGGUGAGAAGACUUUGGUUCUUUCAACCCUUAUCCAAAAGACAAACGCACAGGAAAUGAAGUGGAUUAUCAUGAUAAUCCUGAAAGAUUUGAAGCUGGGAAUUAGUGAAAAAAGCAUUUUUCAUGAAUUCCAUCCAGAUGCUGAAGACUUGUUUAAUGUUACAUGUGACUUAAAAUUAGUUUGUGAAAAACUAAGGGAUAGGAACCAACGUCAUAAGCGGCAGGAUAUUGAAGUUGGAAAAGCUGUGCGUCCUCAAUUAGCUAAGAGAGUUGCUAACGCAGCUGAAGCAUGGAAGAAGCUUCAUGGUAAGGAAGUAGUUGCUGAGUGCAAAUUUGACGGUGAUCGCAUUCAAAUUCAUAAAAAUGGAACUGAGAUACAUUUCUUCUCAAGGAACUUUCUUGAUCAUUCUGAAUAUGCACAUGCGAUGUCAGAAAUCAUAAUACAAAAUAUUCUUGUAGAUAGAUGCAUACUUGAUGGUGAAAUGUUGGUCUGGGAUACAUCCUUGAAUCGUUUUGCUGAGUUUGGCUCUAAUCAGGAAAUAGCCAAGGCAGCAAGGGAUGGACUUGAUAGUAAUAGACAGUUAUGCUACAUUGCAUUUGAUAUCCUUUAUUUUGGAGAUACUAGUGUAAUUCACCAAACUUUAAAGGAGCGGCAUGAAAUUCUACGUAAAGUUGUGAGGCCAUUGAAUGGUCGUUUGGAAAUUUUACUACCUAAUAACGGGGGUAUCAACAGUCAUCGGCCUUCUGGUGAACCAUGUUGGUCACUUAUUGCUCAAAAUGCGGAUGAAGUUGAAAGAUUUUUCAAAGAAACAAUUGAAAAUAGAGAUGAAGGAAUUGUAGUAAAAGACCUCAGCUCCAAAUGGGAACCCAGUGACCGCAGUGGAAAAUGGCUGAAAUUGAAGCCUGAAUACGUACAAGCUGGCUCUGAUCUGGAUGUACUUAUCAUAGGUGGCUACUAUGGUUCCGGACGACAUGGGGGAGAGGUUGCUCAAUUCUUGGUGGGCCUUGCAGAGCGUCCAUCUCCAAAUACACAUCCCAAGCGAUUUGUCUCCUUUUGCAGAGUUGGUACUGGACUUUCUGAUGAUGAGCUUGAAGCAGUAGUAAACAAACUGAAACCUUACUUCAGAAAGUAUGAGUAUCCAAAGAAGAGGCCACCAAGUUUUUAUCAAGUUACUAAUCAUUCCAAAGAAAGACCUGAUGUGUGGGUUGAUAGCCCUGAAAAAUCAAUUAUUCUGUCUAUAACCAGUGAUAUCCGAACUAUAGAAUCUGAGGUAUUCUCUGCACCUUACUGUUUGAGAUUUCCUCGGAUUGACAGAGUGAGAUAUGACAAGGCUUGGCACGAAUGCCUUGAUGUACAAUCAUUUAUAGAAUUGGUGCAAUCUAGCAAUGGUACCACACAGAGGGAUACAGAAUACGGGAACAAGAAGGGCAGUAAACAAAAACACAUGAAAUCCUCUAUAAAGGGAGAAAAGAAAAAUGUGUUAAUUGUUCCUUCUCAUUUAAGUCAAACAGAUGUUUCCAGUGUUAAGGGAGGUUCCUUAAUGUUUUCAAAUAUGAUGUUCUAUUUUGUCAAUGUCCCUCCAUCUCAUUCUCUUGAGUCCUUCCACAAAUUAGUUGCUGAGAAUGGCGGCACUUUCUCAAUGAAUUUGAAUAACUCAGUCACCCAUUGUGUUGCAGCAGACAGCAAGGGGUUUAAAUUUGAAGCAGCAAAACGCCGUGGUGAUAUCAUUCAUUAUACCUGGGUACUAGAUUGCUAUGCACAAAAGAAACUCAUCCGCUUACAGCCGAAAUACUUCCUCUUCCUAUCUGAAGAGACCAAGAAGAAGCUACAAGAAGAAAUUGACGAGUUCUCGGACUCUUACUACUUGGAUCUCAAUCUUGGAGACAUCAAACAGCUCUUGGGCAAUGUUAACAGGUCAGAAGAUGUCAGUACUGUCGAUCAUUACAGGAAAAAAUACUGCCCAAAGGAUAAGUGGUCUGUCUUCAAUGGAUGCUCCAUUUAUUUCCGAAACACAAUGCCAUCAUUGAAAGAAGAUUGGCGAUAUUUAUUGGAACUUUCUUCAAAGAGACUCAAGCUUGAAGUUCUUAUGGGUGGUGGAAAAUACACCUCUAAUCUCAAUUUUGCAACUCAUGUAGUGGCUUUGUUCACACCAAGUUAUCAUACCAACUAUGAAGAAGAAAUACAGAGCAGUUUCACUUCAGUUGAGAGAAAACUUCUCCGAAGCAAGAGGUUGCAUGUAGUUAAUUCCAAGUGGUUAGAAGAUUGUUUGAAGAGUAGCCAAAGAUUAUCAGAGGACACUUAUAGCUUGAAGUCCUAUGGAAUAGAAGAGUCAACUGCUGAGGAUUGUGAACAUGACUUGGCGGUGGAUGCUCAUCUGGUUGAAGAUAAUGUAGAAAACCAAAAUGAAUCUUUCUCUAGUAAGGAAAGUAAACAGAGUAGUGCAAAAGCUGCUUCUCAAGACAGUUUGGCUUUGGCAUCACAGGGGGGCCGUGGUCAAAGGAAACGAGGAAGACCUGCAAGCAGAGGUGUUAAAAAAAUAAAAACAGACGGAAACCAAACUCGAAGAUCAAGAUCGCAAAUUGCAAAAAAACGUGCGAAAAUAAGUGAAUAUGAAUCAGAUGAAAGUGAUUCUCUUGAGAAAAGACCAUAUGAGCAAGAGGUUGACAUUACAGAAGGAAGUUCUGGAUUUCACAAUGAACAAUCAGAACUACACGAGACUGAGAAAACUCGCAAUGUCCAAGGUGCUGAAGGAGUAGAAAUUUCUAAACAAAACAAGAAAGUUGAGCUAGAGGAUUUCAACUACAACCAAGAUGAAAAUAUGUUGGCUCCUGAAAUCGGAUUAGAUGAUGGGCGCAAUGACCAAAGCAGUCAGGUGAUCGAGAAGCUUGAAAUUAUGACUGAUCCUAUGCAGGCAAUGUUACUUGAUAUGAUUCCUAGUCUUGCUAUGAAUAAAGUUGAGCAACCUACGAAUCGUCGUGUUGAAGAAGAGAAGCGACGGGAAAUCUCCCAGGAAGAGCCUUCGAGUACAAAGAAAAAGAAAAUUAGUUUCAAGGCUAUGGCUGCUGACUUGCUCAAGGAUUGGUAG